UGGCUGCUCCCUAGUUUAAUACUGGCAGGGGUAUCUCAGGCGCAGUAACUGAUCACCCGAAGAUAGAUGCUCUCCUUGUAACUUGCUUUGCUCUCUUCUUUGGAGCCCUGUGCCCCUUCUUCAUGGACUUGAGCGGUUCCUUUGUAUCCUACAUCAUCGUCUCCAUCAUGUUCGGGUUGUCUCUCUCCGCCUGGCCGGCUGUAACUUCAUCAAUGCUGGUUGACCUCCUUGGGUUGGAACUACUCACAACCGCCUUCGGUGUUUUGACCUGUAUUCGAGGUCUGGCGGCAUUCCUUGGACCUCCAGUUGGAGGUUUCGUCAUUGACCUCUCAGGAGGUGAUUAUAGUUACGCAUUCUGGAUUUCAUCUUCUCUUCUUGGCAUAUCUUGCGUACUUCAUUUUGUUGCGUACGCAAUUAAAAGACGUAGCAGCCAGAGAGUAAAGUAAAACAAAAAGUGUUUUAUAAUUAUGCUGAAAAUAUCUAAAACCAUUGAAAACAUCAAACAAAACUGAGUUUCGAUAACCUGUUAAACUCGAAUCUGUUGCCAGGGCUGGAAACUUUUAAAUGCUGUUAUUACAAGAAGAUUAAUUGAUCUUUAAGCGUCAAUUUAAAAGUUUUUAGCUUUAUUAAAAUAUCUCUAACCGCGUUAUUUACAUUUACCACACGUUGUUGUAUUUUGUUUAUUUUAUUAUUUAGCUAAAAAAAACUAAUUAUGUUUUUUAUUUUAUCAAUAAUAUGCUUCUAAUAAAAACCCGGUAUUUAAACCAUAUAUCUACAUUAAAAUAUUGACGAGUGAUAAGGUGAAAAAGAACCUAGAUUUAGAAUUAAAAAUAAAUUUUUAAAGAAUAUCAAACAAACUUUAAAGUCAAAAGAACUAUUAUAUGUUUUAAAAACAAUUGGAGAUUAUAAAAAAAAUGAUGAAGCGUAUUGUUUUAAAUUCAUAAAAAAUGGCAGUGAACUGUGAAAUUCAUGACAAAGCUGAAGUUUAAAAAUAAAUAUAUAAAUAUUAAAAUGACCCUGUGUAUAUACAGAUUGUAUAAGUAAUAUGUAUUAUUUGUAUUUUUUCUAAAUGUGUUUAUACAUAAAUUGUUAAUAAAAGUUUUUGAUAUAA